CUCCACUCCACUCCACUCCUCGCUGCCACCCUCGAGCUCGACACCGGGCGCGCGCCCGCGUCCCCAUGAAGGCCGUCGGCGACCACCACCACCACGGCCUCCACUCCCCCACGCCGGCGGCGGCGACCAAGAUCUCCAUCCUCGUCUCGUCCGGCGAGGGGGCGGUAUUCGGUAAGGGCCGGUACAAGACGUGGGCCCUCGCCGCCAUCGCGCUCCUCGCGCUCUGGUCCAUGUUCGCCGCCUCCGUCUCCCUCCGCUGGUCCUCCGGGGACCUCGCUGCCACGUUCGGGGACGCGAGCGAUCCGCUCAUCGACGUCCUCGAUCCCCUCGAGAUGGAGCAGAGGGAGAAACUAGUGCGCCGGAUGUGGGACGUGUACACACGCACAGGCGAUCACGUACGGCUUUCGCUGUUCUGGCAGGAAGCAUUUGAGGCUGCAUAUGAGGAGCUUGCUGGUGAUGAUAUGCUGGCUAGUGAUGCUGCUAUAUCUGAGAUUGCUCGCAUGUCAGUCCACAGGCCUGAGGUUGAGCAGUCGUGGUAUAAGAGUUAGGCUGAAGGUGAAGAAGAGUUACCUAAGUGUCGACGUCCCAUACUCCCAUAUGAAGAUCACUUGCUAUGCAUGAUCGUUGCUGCUAUUCAAUUUUCAAGCUGUGCUGUCUUUGUUCACUUAGUUUGACAGUGGAUGCAGAAGUCGCGGGUUUCUGGUAGUUACCUCCCCUUGUCAAUUGUUUCUGGUGUUAUUAUCCACUCAAAUGAGCACAGCUCUUGCUAGAUAUGUAUGUAUCCUCUGAACAGAGGUCAAAGAUUUCUUCUGUCCUCGACGGUAUCAGGGAGCCUAGCAGGAGCUGUUCAAAUUUUAAUCUUUUAUUCACUAGUCGGUUGUGUAAUAAGUCUGCACAUUUGUGCGCGAAACAAGCUUCAAGUACGACGGUUAGUGGUGUGUGGAGUAUGUACAGUGGGUGUUUAGAGGAGGUGCUUACGAAAAAAAUUGGGU